UUAAGAAUAAAGCCAUGCCGGUGCUUUCGGAAGACUCAGGAUUGCAUGAAACUUUGGCCCUUUUGACAUCUCAGCUAAGACCAGAUUCAAACCAUAGAGAGGAAAUAGGAUUCCUUAGGGAUGUCUUCAGUGAAAAGAGUCUCAGCUACCUGAUGAAGAUUCAUGAAAAACUCCGUCACUAUGAAAGACAGAGCCCAACUCCUGUUUUACAUAGUGCAGCAGGAUUAGCUGAAGAUGUAAUAGAAGAAUUGCAGACUGCACCAGUGAAUAAUGAAGAAAAAGAGCUACUUCAGUUGUUGUCAACACCACAUCUCAGGGCAAUGCUUAUAGUACAUGACACUGUAGCACAGAAGAACUUUGACCCUGUCCUUCCACCUCUACCUGAUAACUUUGAUGAUGAUUUUGAUGAGGAAUCGGUGAAAAUUGUUCGGCUAGUGAAAAAUAAAGAACCUUUGCACUGGCUGUAUUGUCUAAAGAUUCAGAAGACACAGAAAGCUUCUU